GUCAAGAGCAUAAUACAACAAUGGAAAUAGCUGAUUACGAUAAUGCAACAACAAAUUGGGUAAACCAAGUUUUAAACAUGAUAUACAUAAUCUGACAACUGAUUGGGAAAGCCAAGUUUAGUUUUAAAUACGUAAUAAUUGCAUAGAAUGUGAAUCCCAAGAAGGUUAUGGAUAAAAAUAUUAAUUUGUUAGUGCUAGAAAUAAAGAUCAACAACAGCAUAAGUCAAAAUGGUUGAGGUACAAAAAAUUUUACACAUUGGUUCAACAAUAAUCUUUAAAAUAACAUACGACCGUGACCAAAUUAGCAGAAUAAUUUGUGCUGUUCAAAAUACUGACAACAACGAAACAAAUUUCUACUUUCUAAAUUGUACAAAUUUUUGGUACAUCGAUCAAAACCAGCAACCUCCAAAUACAGAGCUCAGAAUUACUAUAUAUGGUCUUAAAAUAAAUGAACCAAAAGUUAUUCUACGUAAUACAGUUAUAAUAAACAGUCCAGUACAUCAUAUGAGAUUAGAAAGUCACAACAAACAUGGCCUAUUUCCAAUCUCAGUAGCGACUGAUGAAUUGAAAUUCAACGUUGAUCAAAGCGUCAAUGAAAUGACCAAUGAAUCCUGUAUUAUAUUUAAAUGUGAAGAUGUGCCAUUACCAACAAGAUUCGAAUUUAAAUAUCACUACAUUCAGAUAAUACAAACAACAAGUACUACUAAUCAUGUAUCAAGCUACAACGAAUAUGUUGAAUUGACACCCACCGAUAACAAUGAAAUACCAUGUGUCAAUCUACCAUCUAGAGAGGCUGUUAAUUACAAGAUUUACAGAGUCUCUCAGUCUGGUAAUAGAUAUCAUGUGACUAAAACUUCUAAUGAAUCAAACUUUAUUACUCAUAAUACAAUGGUUGAUGUGAACAACUUACAUCGACUGGCGUUAUUAGCCAACGUAGCAACAACCAUGCCCGUUCCUUAUCUAUAUCGAAAUAAACCUAGUACCCAUCUUACCAUAAGAGAAGCCAACCGAACAGGAAUUAUGACUAAAUAUAUAAAAGAUAAUAAUGGAGACCAAGCUUCUAGUAUAAACGAGAAAAUUAACGGAUUAUUUUUCAGUGCAACGGCUGAUAGACGUACUCAUAAUCCACCUGUGAGAAGUCCUUUUGGUAAUUAUCGCAUACUGGUUCCACCACAAUACCUAUUAAAAUUCAAUUCAAUUCCAGCAAAUAUUUAUUUUGCAGAUUUUUACUGCAAGAAACAAGGAGGACCCCAUUACAUUACCUUGGUAUUAACCAAACCUGGUAGUGUGGAAGAUGUCUACUGUAAACCUAGACUUCUUAAACUUGAUAUUAAUAAUAAUAAAUUCUUGUAUUAUGAUCGAAUACAUGACCAGUAUCGUACAGACUCAUCCUCAAAUGUUGAGGUAUUGUACACAGAAAAUAUCAACUUGAAUGAAAUGAGAUCAAAAUUAGGUUUCCGAGAAGUAUAUGUUUUAAGUACAGGACAAAGUAGACCAGGGGGAAUUCCAAAAAAUACUUCUUGCAACAUUUGUAAUCUCCCAAAAAAUCCUUCCAGAAUAUUAAGUUUUUGCCAAAUCCUUGGUUUAUAUUAAUAGGUGAUUAGAGAAGACAAGAUACAAGUCAUCAAAUAAUCAUCAGAAAUUAUUAAAAAUUUCAUAUUAAUCCCUGCUCUGACAUACAUUCAAUCCAAGAAGCUGUUGUUCAUUUGGAACAACUUUAUCAGUACAGUUGUUGGUGUCUUUUUCACUACUAGUGUAUGUGCUAAGAUUUGUCUCACAUCACCGCCUCAUCCCCCUCCCCCCCACCUUUAAUUUUUGUUUUAAUUCUUUAAUAAUAUUUGUUUUAAUCAGUCAUAUAUGAUUUUUUUAUUUUUAUUAUAGUUUUGAUUCUGCAUAAUUUGUUAAAAGUCUUAGAUUUUUAUAAUAUGAUUGGUUAUAUAUUGAUGUUUAAUAUGGUUUCUUAUUCACUGGUUGUUUUUUUUU